CAGAGCCCCAGCGCCGUCCUGCCGUCUGAUUGUGUCCCAGUGCUGACAGGGGAGAGGAGGAAGGACGCAGGGAGAGGACAUGGGCAACUCGUCUAAGAAGGAGGCUGCGGAAGGGGGAGAGGGUGAUGAGGUGGAGGAGGAGAUGAGAGGAGCGGGUGAGGAGGCGGUAGAGGAGGAGGCAGAGGAGGAGGUAGUGGUGAAGAAGAAAGAUGAUGAUGAGCCAGACUGGGACCUGGAACUGCCGCCACGGACGGAGGAUUGUAUUGAAUCUGAGGAACCAUUCCUGGACUUGAGCUACAUUAAAAUGACCAACCUGCCGACUCGCAUCUGCUCGUUAACAUUCCUGGAGAAGCUGUUCCUAUGUAAUAACCGGCUGCAGACUUUGCCGAAGAGCCUGGCCCAGCUGCAAGGAUUACGCCUGCUGGCGCUCGAUCAGAACAAAAUGGAUGAUAUGCCAGUGGUCGUGUGUGAGCUGGUCAACCUCACCCACCUCUACCUGAGCAACAACAAGCUCAUGACUUUGCCUGUGGAGAUGGUCAACCUGAAGAACCUGCGCUGCCUCUGGUUGGACGGUAACUUCUUCCUGCAUUUCCCCCGGCUCCUCUUGAAAUUGCCCAACCUUAGCUCACUGCAGCUGGGAGACAAUAUGAUAAGGGAUCUGCCCAAUAGUCUGUGCCGCAUGGAAAAGCUACGGGGCCUCUGGCUCUAUGGCAACCGCUUCACCAAGUUCCCGAAAGUGCUGAUGCACAUGGAGAACCUGGAAUCACUGGACAUGGACCAUAAUAAGAUGUCCUCCUUGCCCGACCUAGACCACCUGCCUGCCCUGCACCUGUUCUCCUACGAUCAAAAUCCUAUCAAGGUCCCCCCUAAAGUGCGUGAGGGGGUGGUGCUAGUGGGAGCGGGGGCACGUGAUCUCAGGGAUGCAAAGAAAAAGAAGAUGAAAGCAGAGAAAGAGACUGCUGCAGUGGAAGCCAUGAAACAGGCCGAAAUAGAGGCCAAGAUGUUCCUCAAGAUAAGGCUCAAGGGGCUGCCGGUGCCAUCCAGCAAGGAGCAGGAGCUGGAGCAGGAGCUGGAGCAGGAGCCGGAGCCGGAGCCGCAGCAGGAGCCGGUCAUACAUGGAAUCCUGAAAAACUCCUCCUCUGACCGGCGGAACAAUGGCGUAGCUGAUAGGAUGGUGGAGGGGGUGAGGCUAGAUGGAGGAGAAGGGCCAAUGGAUUAUCAGGGGGAGGGGGAGCAGGAGGAGUUACUAUAUGAUGAGGGUGGCAGGGAAUAAGCAUGAGCAAGAGCUGUUAGCGAAUUGGGGUUCGACUUGGCAAACAAGGCUGGAGAAGGAAGGUGAGGAACAUAAGAAAUUUACAAA